UAUUCAGCAUAUGGCGGGCAUCCCACGCCAUAACAGCAAAGGUGUCGAUUGACAAUCCAUGGAAUUUGAUCACUGAUCCGAAGCCAAAGCCUCGUUCUUGUCACCAAAAGCAAAAGCCAAAAGCCAAAAGCAAUUUCGGAUCAAAACCUUCAGAAAAAGCUCUGCAAUCUGCAUGCCCUAGCUGAGAAGAAGAAGAGGAGAGAUCAGAGAUGACAAUUUCCAAUUCUACCCUCUCAAUUGCUCUCCCAUUCCCAACAACUCCCAGUUCAUCCUGCUCGUCUCAGUCCCUCAAGCAGCAGCUUCUACUCGCGCCUUCUUGGCUUCGGUCGGCGGCUCCGAUUGCCACCUCCACCACAAGCCUCAGAGCCGUCACUCCAUCUGGUGUCGCUCAUGAUCAAACCUCUGAAUUGCCUGAUACAACAUGGGACACGCUCGGAUUCAACAAACCCAUGUCGACAGAUUACAUGUUUGUUAUGAACAGUUCCAAAGAUGGAGACUUUAUGGAUGGCGGGUUACAACGUUUCGAAAAAAUUGAGUUCAACCCAGCUGCCUGUGUUUUGAACUAUGGACAGGGAAUAAUUGAAGAAUUGAAAGCAUACAAGAAACAUGACGGUUCUUUAUUACUAUUUCACCUAGAGGAACAUGGGUUGCGGAUGAGGACGGGCGCAGAGCGCCUGUGUAUGCCUUCACCAACUGUUGAGCAGUUUGUGGAAGGUAUAAAAGCUACUGUCUUGGCAAAUCGACGUUGGAUUCCCCCACGGAGUAAAGGCUUUCUUCAUAUUCGACCACUACUUAUUGGGAAUGGGCCUGUUCUUAGUCUUACACCAGCUCCAGAAUUCACCUUUCUGAUUUAUGUUUCUCCAAUGGGGAACUAUUUUGAGGGGGGCUUGCAACCAAUCAAUUUGGUGGUAGAAAAUGAAAUCCAUCGCGCAGUCCGUGGUGGAGCUGGAAGUGUGAAAGCCAUAGGAAAUUAUAGUGCUAUUUUGAAGGCACAGGUGGACGCUAAAACAAAUGGUUUCUCUGAUGUUUUGUACCUUGAUUCUGUUCACAACAGAUACAUUGAAGAGACUUCGACUGCUAACAUUUUUCUAGUGAAGUUUUACUUACAGGAUAAUGUAAUCUCCACCCCGGCACUGCACGAAGGGACCAUUUUGCCUGGCAUUACCCGCAACUCUGUAAUUGAAAUUGCUCGCAUCGAAGGGUACCAGGCAUGUGUUUGGGCAUCCUCCAGUUGCAAACUGGUUUUAUACUUGGCGGUUGAGGAACGCCUUGUGUCGUUUGAGGAAUUGUUUGAAGCCGAUGAAGUAUUUUGUACUGGAAAUGCUGUCUUAACACCCGUGCGCAGCAUAACUUACCUCGAUAAAAGGGUGUCUUACCUUGAAACUGGCCCCGGUGUUGUCGUGUCUCAGGAACUGCACCGGGCGCUUUCAAAUAUACAGAUGGGUCUUACAGAAUUCGGCGGGACAGUAAACUUGAAGUAGGAAGGAUCCAUCAUCGACGCAAAAACUAGGCAAGUUUGUAGAACAUAUAGACGACGUAGUUUGUUCACCAAAUGUAUAUGUCCAACAUAAUCCAUGGACGAUUUGAACUCGGAAUCUCUUCCUAACAUAAUAAACAAAUAUAUUAUCACAUCAAUAGCUACUCAAUAAUGUAUUUCGACUUUGAUAAA